GAAGAGCCAAGAAGCAAAUCCAAGAUCUGUGCCAAUGUUUUCUGCGGAGCUGGACGGGAGUGUGCAGUGACUGAGAAGGGAGAGCCAACCUGCCUCUGCAUUGAGCAAUGCAAACCUCACAAGAGGCCUGUGUGUGGUAGCAAUGGCAAGACGUACCUGAACCACUGUGAGCUGCACCGUGAUGCCUGCCUCACUGGCUCCAAGAUCCAGGUGGAUUAUGAUGGCCACUGUAAAGAGAAGAAGUCUGAGAAUCCAGCUGCAAGUCCAGUCGUCUGCUACCAGUCAGACAGGGAUGAGCUUCGUCGCCGCGUCAUCCAGUGGCUGGAAGCUGAGAUUAUCCCAGACGGCUGGUUUUCCAAGGGCAGCAACUACAGCGAAGUCCUGGACAAGUAUUUCAAGAGCUUUGACGAUGGUGAUUCUCGCUUGGACUCCACUGAAUUCCUGAAGUUUGUGGAACAGAAUGAGACUGCUGUCAACAUCACCACCUACAUGGACCAGGAGACCAACAAGCUGCUCAGGGGACUGUGCGUAGAUGCCCUCAUCGAGCUGUCAGAUGAAAAUGCCGACUGGAAGCUCAGCUUCAAUGAAUUUCUGAAGUGCCUCAGCCCAUCCUUCAACCCACCAGAGAAAAAGUGUGCCCUGGAAGAUGAAACCUAUGAGGAUGGAGCAGAGACUCAGGUGGAGUGCAACCGCUGCGUCUGUGCCUGUGGAAACUGGGUGUGCACUGCAAUGACAUGCGAGGGGAAGAAUGAGAAGGUGCCCUCUCGGCGACAGCGACCAGAUCAAGACUUGACUGAGGAGGAGCUGGCUAGAUACGUUCAGGAACUGCAGAAGCAUCAGGAGACGGCCGAGAAGACCAAGAGAAUGAGCACCAAGGAGAUGUAAGGGGCCUCCACACCGGAGGAGCCCAGGAGGAUGGGCCCCACCUGCCGCCCUGUCCUCCAGCGCUGAUCUCAGUAUGCACAAGUGUCUGCUACAGUUGCCCAGUCACAGAUAUUUACAUUGUAUAGCGAUGGGUUAUUUGUUUUGUAAUACACAGAGAAUGGGGCCAGGAAAGGGGAGCAGAGCCCACCUGUUCAGGGAGCUUCAUUGCUGGGACCUUGGAAGGCUGGGAGGGACUUUCAGCAGUUUCUGGGACCCUCUCCCAGAGCAGACAGCUGCUCCCUCCGAGAGCUGACAAGGAUUUCUCGUUGCCCUGGAUCUGGGGAAAGGACAGAGGUCAGUGCUGGAUAGAAAAGGGGGUCUUCAAUUGAUACAGUUGCCAGCACCGGC